UGAUCGUCGAAUGUUUUUAUUUUAUUAGAAAACAAAAAAGAAUCGAAAGAAGUGCUCGAAACAAUUGAUCAAAAAUUUGCACCUCGAAAUAUAAUUGUUUAAUAGUUUUUUUUCACGAGUUUUUUUAACUAAAAUGUGAUCAAUGUGUCUAGUGUUUAUGUUUUUCAUUGAACUUAAAGAAAAUGUUUGAUUAUUUGUGUUUUUCUCAUAGCUUUUUCGAAUUAAAUUGACAGCUGCUUUGUUUUAUGGGACGACGGAGUACAAUAAUCUCUCAUCAACAGAAACAUCAUAAUGGGCGAUGAUAUAUGCGUUCAAGUAGCGGUUCGAGUCCGACCGCAAAUACCGCGUGAAAUAAUUGACAUGUGCCGAAUAUGUACAAGAGUAACACCUGGCGAACCGCAAAUAACGAUUGGUACGGAUAAAUCGUUCACUUAUGAUUAUGUGUUCGACACGGCGGAACAACAAGAGUAUAUAUACGAUACAUGUGUUUCGAAAUUGGUCGAAGGUGCCCUAGAAGGUUACAAUGCAACGGUUCUGGCAUAUGGACAAACCGGAUCGGGUAAAACGUACACAAUGGGAACGGGAUUUGAUGUUGAGUUACCUAUGGACCAGGUUGGAAUUAUUCCACGAGCAAUUCAACACAUAUUCAAUGGAAUCGAAGAGCGUAUACAGAGGGCAGCAGAUAAUGGUGAAAGUGUUCCACAAUUUAAAUUAGUUGCUCAAUUUAUGGAAAUCUAUAACGAAGAAAUCAUUGAUUUAUUUGAUCCAACAAAAGAUUACGAAUCGAAAAAAGCCAUGAAAAUUCACGAAGAUACGCACGGUGACAUACAUGUGGUUGGAGUCAAACAAAAACCGGUUCUAUGCGUAGACGAUGCCUUACAAUGUCUGCGAAUUGGUGCUCUUUCACGGCGCACAGCUAGUACGCAAAUGAAUUCACAAUCAAGUCGAUCGCACGCUAUUUUUAGUUUAUUAAUCAAACAACAGCGUAUCAUACGCAGCGAAGAAAAUAAUUGUAUUGAAUCGGAGUUCGAAACGUUAACAUCGAAAUUUCAUUUUGUUGAUUUGGCCGGUUCGGAGCGUAUGAAACGUACGGGCGCAACGGGGGAGCGUGCCAAGGAGGGUAUAUCAAUUAAUUGUGGCCUUUUAGCUUUAGGUAAUGUGAUUUCAGCAUUAGGGACGAAGGGAAAACAGCGACAACAUAUUCCAUAUCGGGAUUCGAAAUUAACGAGGAUGUUACAGGAUAGUUUAGGGGGGAAUAGUCAAACAUUAAUGAUUGCAUGUAUUUCGCCAAGUGAUCGUGAUUUUAUGGAAACAUUAAACACGCUAAAAUAUGCUAAUCGUGCUAAGAAUAUCAAGAAUAAGGUGAUUUUGAAUCAAGAUAAAAGUUCUAGAACAAUUGCGAUGUUACGUCAAGAAAUUGCGCUGUUACAAAUUGAAUUGCUGGAGUAUAAACAGGGUAAACGUUUUCUGGGAUCUGAUGGUCAAGAAGAGAUCAACGAUGUUUUCCAAGCCAAUAAAAUGAUGGAAUCGGAAUUAAAUCAUAUGCGCAAUCGCAUAAAAGCAAUGCAAGAAACAAUAAAUGUAAUAACUGUAAAAAAUUCCGAUUUAUUAGCAAAUCGUGCAAAGAGUGCUUGGAUAACCUCGAACACAGAAAAUUCUGAUAACAUAACCGACAUCAUUCAGAAUUAUAUUAAGGAAAUCGAAGAAUUACGUGUGAAAUUAAUGGAAUCGGAAUUUACGUGCCAAAAUUUACGUAAACAAAUUGCCAAAUUACAAGCAAAUAUAAGUGUACAUAGUAACAAUAGUUUUCUGGAUGAUUCCACAUCCAUUCUAGAUAUUGCCAAAUAUGAUCUGCAAAAACAGAAAAUGAAUAUAUUAAGUCGGUCUUCCACACGGGAAAUGCAAAGUGAAUUAGGGGAUCAUGAGGAUGAAGAUAAGGAUGUGAAUGAUGUGUCCGAUUCGGAAACGGAAUCCGACGAGAAGUCUGAAGAUCGUUUAGGUACUGAAUUAGCUGAACUAUCCGCUGAUAUUGAUAUGAAACAAAAAUUGAUUGAAGAAUUGGAAUUAUCGCAGAAACGAAUCCAAACAUUAAAGAAAAAUUAUGAAAAUCAAUUACUUCAACUUCAGGUGCGAAUUAACGACACGCAAGCGGAAAGAGAUCGUGUACUCAACAAUCUACAUAACCAAACAUUAGAACCAGAAAAAGUGCGAACAUUAAAAGAUAAAUACGAAAAGAAAAUAAUGGAUUUACAAUCACAGCUUAAACAAUUACAAGCGGCGAAAAAAGAGCACAACAAAAUGUUACGCGAUCAAACACAGUACGAAACACAGUUGAAAACACUGAAAAAUGAUUUGUACAGCAUGAAACGGAACAAAGUGAAAUUAAUCAAUCAAAUGAAAGAGGAGAGUGCACGACAUAAGGACGCUGAAACACGACGAAUGCGUGAAAUUGCUCAAUUACAAAAAGAAUCACGUAAGAAUGCGAAAAUGUUACGUAGCAUGGAAGCGGAAAACAAACAGAAGGAACAAAUAUUGAAGCGGAAGCAAGAGGAAGUGAUUGCGUUGAGACGGUUACAACGCGAGAAAAGUUUAAGUCGAAGUCCAAGUUCACCAACGAGAUUUUCAUCGAAAGAAGCCAAACAAAAAUGGUCUCGGAUGGAGAAGAAUAUUAAUAAAAUCGUACUUAGCAAGCAGGUGUUAGCGUAUCAAGAACGCGAUAUGAAUCGUUUAUUGAUACGUCGAGAAUCGAUCAGUCGUAAUUUAGAAAGGCUACGACAGCGUAAAGCGGUCGCUCAAUCCGCUGGAGAAGAUCAUACAGACAUUGAUAUUGAGAUUGAUAACGAUAUGGAAGAAUUGAGUUACAUACAGGACAGUAUUACUGAGACACAGCAUAAUAUUGUACAGAUUGAAGAGUCAAAGGAGAAUCCGGAUAUCAGUGAUGUACAAGCCGUCGCACAAUCCGUAAACUCAAUGGCCGAAGCAAAAUAUUUAAUUGAUAAAUUAUUAAACUUAGCCUUAUCACAAAGUUAUUUAGCAUCACAACGUGACUUACUCGUCCAAGAGCGUGAAACCGAAUUAGAACAAAUCAAACAAGAACAUGUAAUGGUUAAUCAACUUUUGGAAUACAUGGUACAACGUUCUGAUGAUAUGAAAGUGAGUCUAGUGGCAUCUUCGUCCACGACAACCAACGAGGCAGCUAGCUCAAAUAGUAGUAGUCGAUCGUCUUCCCCAUCUAGAUUAAGUAUUAUGGAUUUAGAUGCUUCCAAAAUGUCCACGUCCUUAAAUAGUUGUGGCUCGAAAAGUAAAAUUCGACGACGUACAGCUGUUUCACGGGAAGUUUUAUUAGGCAUGAAAUCCACAUCUGAUAUACCUCAAAUGGAACAAUUUUCAUUAAAUACGUAAAAAUGUAUAUAAUUUUUUAAAAUUUGGAUUCAUUUUUGGAUAUCCAAAAAUUCUGGCAUUUUUAAUUUAUCGAUUAUUUUAAAAAGGACGAUGCACAAAAUACUUUUUUAAUUGUAGUCAAAUUUGUUUUGAAAAUCUGAAAAUGUCUGGCAAUAUUGAGAUUCUAGGAAAAGUUAAGGAAAAUCAGAGAAAAUGAUAAAAAAAUAAUGACUCAUAGAAAACUCUGAGUUUCUAGAAUAUAAAGACCUGAUACUUUAUGGCUAUCUCAGAAUUUCUAUAAUUCUGCAUCAUUUUUAACCACAAAAUCGCCGUUUUUGAAUUCUUUUAUUCGACUUUCUAGAAUAUAAUUCUAAAGACCUGAUUCUUUACGGCUGUCUCAGACCUUUUAUAAUUCUACGUCAUUUUUAAACACAAAAUCAGGUCCAAACAAGGCAAUUUGACAACGCCUAAUUUGACUCAAAAAAGAGGGAAAAACAUGAUACAUUAUUAUAAUGGAAAAUUAAAAAUCACCGAAUCAAAAAUCGGGAAUUUUGAAAAUUGAUUCCUUUGGCCUUAAACUUAACCUUUAAAUUAAUUCAUUUAAAAUAAAUUUGACUCGAAUUUAGAAAAGUACUUUGUCCUUCGUCCUAAAAUGCCAUAUAGAAAUUUUGAGGCUACAAAAAAAAACCGUUUUUUAAAGAUAGUACAAAUUUUUAUCUUGUAAAUUCCACAAGGUUUUUCCUUGUGGAAUAUUCCAUUCUUUUUUUUUUUAAGUUGUGCAAUUUUAAAAAUGAUUUUAAAAUAUUUAUUAACGGAUAAUAAUUUGAUUUUUAUAAUCACGACAAAUGGAGAAAAUCGAUCGAUUUUCGAAUUAGAUUAUGAAAAUUAUUCAUUCUUAAAGGACGUUCAAUUAUUACGUAAGCCAAUUUUUUCUCCUUCAUUCAUUUUGUACAUUGAAAAAAGGGAAGAGAUGUGGGCUAUGGUGACGUAAGAAGACUUGAAUUGCCUAGGGGCCCCAAGAUGGGUUAAUCUUUCACUACAGUUUGCAUACUUUCGUAAUAAUUGAACGUUUCUUUAUCUUAAUUUUCUUGCAUUUAUAAGAUUUUAAAAUUUGUUUAGUAAUGGGCAAUUAUGAAUGAUUUUAUAAUCGCUCUUAGUAACAUAAACUUAUUUGGUUCUCGCAUUCGCUUUUUUUUUUAAAAUAACGCCUCUUUUAAAUUUAAUCGUUACAUUUUUAACAGAAAGACAUAUUGGAUAAUCAGAAAAAUCAUUCAUGAUUACUCAUAACUAAAUUUUCUUUUGCAUUUUAUUAUUUAAAAAAAAAAUUGUUAUUUAUACAGACUGUCAUUAAAAAAGGUUCCAGUGAGAGGGGUAUUUCGAUAAAACUGGUCGCUCAUUCGAAAUCGUCGGUUAUUUCUAGUAAAUCUUGAAAUCCCCUCUCAUGCCUAUUUCACGAUCGAAAUAGUUGGACCAUUUUCAGGACAGCCUGUAUUAUAUUUAAAAAAAAAAUACAGUACUGAGAAACACAAAUGUUCGCAAAGAAAUAAAAAUUUGCGCUUAGAUUUUAAAACUUUAGUGUGCAAUAAAUUGUUCUAGAAAGAGAUAGUAGGAGUUUUUACAAGGUGUCCUAAAAAUUGUUUGUCAAACGAUUUUUUUGGAACACUGUUAUUAAUAAACGGUGCAACACAAAUGUAAAAUAUUUUUUAACCAACCAAAGUAUUAAAAUAUUUUUUAAAAAUAAUGUUUUUUUUCCCACAAUAAUUUUUAAUCGUAUACAAAUUUUCAUUUUAAAUUAAACAAGAAAAAGCCUUAAACGUGUUUAUAGAUCUGUUCGAGAUAAUGUUUUCAGAAAGGCUAAAAAUUUCGUAGGUGUUAGCCUCGUUCUUAAUCGUAAGCCUAUUCCACGUUCUUGAAGCGGAGGGAUUUGACCCCAAUAGAAUGCCCAAGGUUGAAUUGAUUCCAGAAAUUGUAUAACUGGUUUUAAUCGACAGAUUUUUUGAAGUAGUGAUGUGACGAGGGUGGGUGUAAGGUAGCCCACAACAUUAAAUUUUAAUCUGUCGAUUAAAACGGGUUCUACCAUUUCUGGAAUCAGUUCAAACUUUAGACAAACGCUAUAUCUUUGGCACUCUAUUGGAGUCAAAGGUCAAAGUCCUCCGCUUCGAGAACAUGGAAUAGGCUUACGGUUAAGGACGAGGCUAACACCUGUGAAAUUUUCAGCUUUUCUGAAAUGAUUCACUUGGCCGCAAACCUAUUGGCAUGUAUUAAAAAUCAUGAUUACUACAUUUCGUAUAAGGGUUAAAUUUUAGGGGCCAAUUACUAAUGUAGGGAGACUCAGCGCGGAAUUUAAACUUGUAAGUUGCAAUGACUUGAAACUUGUGUAGUUAACGGAGCUAGAGAGGGGGCAAUGGGUUGAACUCGGUUGGAUUAUUCGACAAAGAACUGUGUGAUCAAUUGAUAAUAUAAGCGUCGGAUUUCAGUGUGUUAAAAUCGUUGUAGAACGCUUCUCGAACGCCUAACCCUUCACUCUUCUUUAGAACUGAUACGUACCAGGUUAUUUCAGUUUAAAGGUUAAAUUUCGCGCCCUAUUUUCUCCUUUCAAAGAGUUCAAACGAUAGUAUAUGAACGGAUCUUGGAUACGAAUAUUUUUCUUUGUUUUGAAAACGCAAUAAUUUUUGAAUAAUUAUUAAGAGAAUUUAAAGACAAAUUUUGGCUGUUAAUUAUUAAUAACGUUAACGUUAACGAAACAAAAAUAUAGUCAAAAUCGAUUGUAACGCCAGUGAAGGGAGCUAUUUCGAUUACGCAGCGAAAUGGCGACGUCAAGUGCUAAAUUGUGCGUGAGAUCCUGACCUAAUUUGGAGAAAUUUACAAGAUUUACGAUCAAAAUAAAAAAAACGAUGCCUAAUCAUGUACUUCGUUCUUAUUCCGUGAGUUUAGAGCACCACCACCAUCAAAUCCGUCUCUGGCGAUGUGUGUACUCAAUUUCAAAAUAUUUAUAACAUAACUCACAUUCUAGGAGCUGAUUCGGUGACUCUUUGACUAAAAAUCACCCUUCCCUGUGUAAAAAUGAAAGUCCGAUAACCAAGACAAGACUCUUUGGUGCUCCAACUUGUCUCUUGGCUACCGAGACUUCCUUUUUCUUCAGAGAAGGAUGAUUUUAACAAUAGAAGUGUUUAACAAAUUCAAUAAACGCCCCAAAAUGUUUGCCGCGGGAUUAUAUUCCAGUUUUCUCUGUAUAAGUUUUCUCACAAUUGGUCGUGAUAACUGAUUCGUUAUUAACGUCGAUGUGGUAAUGUCGUUAAAAUCGAUUUUGAGUAUAAUUUUGAUGACUUUGUUAAAUAAUAAAAUAAGACUAAGUCUAAGUCUAAAGACUAAGGGUUGUAUUUUGAUUUAACCAAUUGAUAACAAGACUAACUAAUUACUUAGUAAGCUUUUUUUGAGAUGUUGAAUUUUUU